UCUCCCCGCCGACCUCGGCCCCGACCCCCGCUCGCCCCGCCGACCUCGGCCCCGACCCCCGAUCUCGGCCCCGACCCCGGCCCUCCCCGCCGACCUCGGCCCCGACCCCGGCCCUCCCCGCCGACCUCGGCCCCGACCCCCGCUCUCAACCUGGCCUCGCCACCCCCCCUUCACCGCCCGGUCUCCGCUGUGUCCGGGUCUGACUCCUGCGGCCCGGGCAGUCGCGUCCGGCUUCUGCAGGCGGUGGACACGGAGUACACCGCGGACUCGGUGGAGUGGUGCCCGCUGGAAGGCUGCAGGCACUUGCUGGUCUGCGGCACCUACCAGCUGCGGAAGCCCGAGGACCCGCGCGCCGACGCUGAGAGCAAGGAGACGCCUCAGGAAGGGCGGGGAAAGAGCUCAGACCGGCUGGGGCCUGUCGGGCCUGCAGUGGGGAAGGUUGGAAGAGUCACACAGGAGAUGGAGACGGGACAGUGGCCUUGUGGUCGGAAGAGUGGACCGGAUGCUGAUGAGCCUCAAACCCGUUUGGGUCGUCUCUACUUGUAUAGUUUCAAUGAGGACAACUCUGCUCGCCCCCUGCUCGAGGUCCAAAGAAGAGACACUUCUGCAAUCCUGGACAUGAAAUGGUGCCACAUCCUCGUGGCUGGCCAUGCCCUCUUGGGCGUGGCAGAUGCUGGUGGGUCCAUAGAACUCCUCCGCUUGGUGGAGUCUGAGAAUGCUUACACACUGCAGCCGGUUUCCAGCUUUGCCCUGGGGAAGCAGUGUCUGGCCCUGUCUCUGGACUGGUCCACUGGGAGAACUGAAAGAGCCAGUGACCAGCCCUUGAAAAUCAUCGGCAGCGACUCCAAGGGGAAACUCCACCUGCUAGAGGUGACUGAGGCGGGGCUGCAGGAGGUGGCCACGUGGCCUGCCCAUCACUUUGAGGCCUGGAUCGCUGCUUUUGAUUACUGGCGGACGGAAAUCGUGUACUCAGGUGGGGACGACGGGCUUCUGAAAGGCUGGGACACCAGGACGCCUGGCACGUGUGUGUUCACUAGCGAGAGACACUCCAUGGGCGUGUGCAGCGUGCAAAGUAGCCCUCACCAGGAGGACAUCUUGGCCACGGGAAGCUACGACGAGCACGUUCUGCUGUGGGACACUCGGAACAUGAAGGAGCCAUUCGCAGACAUGGCCGCACAGGGCGGAGUGUGGAGGCUCAAGUGGCACCCUUUCCACCACCACCUGCUCCUGGCAGCGUGUAUGCACGGCGGCUUUCAGAUCUUCAACUGCCAGAAGGCGAUAGAGGAGAAGCAGGAAGCCUACACGGUCUCUGUGUCUCACACGUUGCCCAACUCUUUGGUGUAUGGAGCUGACUGGUCCUGGCUCUACUCUGGCAGCCUGUCAGAGAUCCACGAGCCGUGCUGCUUGGGGACUUUUCCCUGCAGCAACUCAGGAGCCAGAGCGGCACCUCUCUGUAGCCUGAAGGCUGUACACCAGUCACCAGCAGCCUCUGGUCAUCAUUUAGCAGAGGACAAAGAAGAGGGUCCUUCCAGACUUCAGAGUAGCAGCAAACGGAGGACCCCUCUCCAGCCACUCGCAGAGGACACGACGAAGAGUGGGAACUGGCGGCACACUGCAGGGACCAAGGUCUGUGACUGUGACCUCUGUCUGGAAGCAGCAACCUUGAACACUGACCUCCUAGCCACUUGCUCCUUUUAUGAUCAUGUUCUUCACCUCUGGAAGUGGGAGAGCAGCUGAGCUAGGGAAGAGUUUGGUUGGUUUGAAGUCAGAAAGGCUACUUCCACAAAUAAAUCCAGAGUGUGAGUUUGUGAGUGCACUGCACGCAGACCCUCAGACCCUCUCACUGGGUGUUCUCGUCCGCAGGGGACUGCACCCGGCCCAGUGCACUUCAUGGGCUCUACAGCGUGAACAGUCAGAGAAGCUGUUGGCUCCUCUGAAUCUGCUGGGGCAUUUCAAGGCGGUGACUCUGCCUGACAGCAAGGAGUGGAAGGGUCUUGGUUCCCAGCUCUCAGACCUGUCAAUCUCUUGUGUGAAUUGGACGUUCAGGUCUUCAUACUGAUUUAAUAACUAAAGGAAAGUGUGCUUUUCUCUCUUUU